GGAGCCGCCUGCGUGGGUGGGAUUUCUGUACAUAUAUUUAGCGGGCCGUGGGUCACUUAGUCUACGUUUAGGAGCGCGUCACCGUCUUGCUGGUCUGUGACACUCCGCAGCCCGUGACUCUUGUUUUGCCGGGUGCAGCCAGCCAGACGCCCCUUCCUAACUGUAGGUUCUGAAGAUAAGACACUAAAAUGGCUUCAGUAGCAAUUGAUCAACAACAGAAUGUGGUAACUAGAGUGGCCAACCUCCCCUUGGUGAGUUCAACUUAUGAUUUGGUGUCAUCUGCUUACAUCAGCACAAAAGAUCACCAUCCUUACCUCAAAUCAGUGUGUGAGAUAGCAGAGAAGGGAAUGAAGACCCUCACUUCCGUGGCAGUAACCAGUGCUUUGCCCAUCAUUCAGAAACUAGAACCUCAAAUUGCAGUUGCCAACAACUAUGCUUGCCUAGGAUUGGAUAGAAUUGAGAAAAACUGCCCAUUUUGAACCAGCCCAACAAAUAAGGUUGUUGCCAAUGCCAAGGGUGCGGUAUUUGGUGCAAAGGAUGCCGUGACGACAACCGUGACCAGCGCCAAGGAUUCUGUGACUCACACUAUUAAUGGGGUUGUGGGCAGAACUAAAGGAGCAGUUAAUGGCAGUGUGGAAAUGACCAAGUCUGUAGUGAAUGGAAGUAUCAACACUGUCUUGGGAAGUCGAAUGGUACAGAUGGUGAGCAGUGGAGUUGAAAAUGCUCUUAGCAAGUCAGAGCUGCUUAUGGAUCAGUAUCUUCCGCUCACUGAAGAGGAGCUAGAAAAAGAAGCAAAGAAAGUUGAAGGGUUUGAUGUGGUUCAGAAACCAAGUUACUAUGUUCGUUUGGGAUCUUUAUCCACCAAACUCCGCUCACGUGCCUACCAGCAGGCCUUAAGCAGGGUUAAUGAAGCCAAACACAAAGGCCAAGAGACCAUUUCUCAGCUGCAUUCCACUUUGAAUCUGAUAGAGUUUGCCAGGAAGAAUGUUAAUAAUGCCAACCAAAAACUACAGGAUGCUCAGGAUAAGCUGUAUCUCUCAUGGCUGGAAUGGAAGAGGAGUAUAGGCCAUGAUGACACUGACGAAUCCCACUGUGCUGAGCAUAUUGAAUCCCGUACUCUGGCAAUAGCUCGGAACCUGACACAGCAGCUCCAGACUACCUGCCUUACUCUUAUGUCCAGUAUCCAGGGACUACCCCAGAAUAUUCAAGACCAAGCGCACCAUGUUGGGUCCAUGGCUGGUGAAGUCUACUCAGUAUUUCGCAAUGCCACAUCCUUUAAGGAAGUAUCAGAUGGUCUCCUUGGUUCCAGCAAAGGGCAGCUGCAGAAAAUGAAGGAGUCUUUAGAUGAUGUGAUGGAUUAUCUUGUUAACAACACUCCUCUCAACUGGCUGGUAGGUCCCUUUUAUCCUCAGCUGGCUGAGUCUCGGAUUGCUGAGCACCACAGUGAAAGGCAAGGGGCAUCCAGCUUUGAGGACAAACAGCUUGAACGCAGCACGGCUUGACUUUUGAUGUGAUGUUAUGUUCUUCUGCCAGCCAGCUACUAUGACUCUUCUAAGUUAAAAGUAUCGUGCAGCAAAUAAUUCAAAAUUGGGGAAGGGUAGAGCUAAUGAACACCAUCCUUUCUCAGUUCUAGAGAAUACUCAGCCUUAAACUUACUGAAGACUGAGAUAAUGGAUUUUAAAUCUUAAAUGUUUUUGGCUGCUCACUGUAGAGAAUUUCCAUUGCUCCUCUGGCUAGCUGUCAAGUUCUGUCUUUGAUAGGCAAAAAUGGGAGACCUGGGUAUCAGAGCUUGACUAGAACUUACUAAACAGUGCAACUUUGAGUAUUUGCUGGGGCUACAAGUAGCCCUACAGUCUAUUCUGGCUAAGCAACUGUAUUAAAUAAACCUUCCUAAAAGGCUAUUGCCAAAACUAGUAUACUUGUUUGGGGCCCUUUUCAGAUUGGGGUUUCUUACUAUUUCUCUCCUUUCCCCCUUCUAGUUAUGAGUGCUUUGACAAUUUUAUUUUGACCUUAAAAUUUUUUUUGUUCUAAAUAAUAUUGAUAAUAAAAAGUUUCUUACUAGUAUA